CGGAUGUCGUCACGGGAAACGGCGCAGCUGAGCGGAAGGAGGCGGGAUGGCGGAGCCGGCUGAGGAGCUCGUCAAACUCGAGUAUUUGUCGCUGGUUUCGAAAGUCUGCACCGAGCUCGACAACCACCUGGGCAUCAACGACAAGGACCUCGCGGAGUUUGUGAUAAAUCUCGCAGAAAAAAACACAACCUUUGAGGCAUUCAAGACUGCCUUGGUGAAGAAUGGUGCUGAGUUCACGGAUUCUCUUAUCAGCAACUUGCUGCGUCUCAUACAGACCAUGCGGCCUCCUGCAAAACCUUCCACUAGCAAAAAUGCUAUUAAGCCAAAAACAGAAAAGGAGAAGCUGAAGGAACUGUUUCCAGCCCUCUGUAGACCAGAUAAUCCCACAGUCAGGACGAUGCUGGAUGAAGAUGAUGUGAAGGUGGCUGCAGAUGCUCUAAAGGAGCUGGAAGCUCUCAUGCCAGGAACUGGCAGGCAGGCUCAGCAUCGGCACAGUGAACACCAGACAAAGAAAAGGCAGCGGAGUCGCAGCCGUAGUAGAGACCGGGUUCGAAAGUGCCACAGGAAGUCCUCUCAUUCUGAGAUACAAGAACGGAAUAAGGGUAAAUCCAGGCACCACUCCCGAAGCAGAAGUCUGAGCAGAGAUCGCAAGGAGCGGGAGAAGCCCACAGAGAAAGGUGGUGAGCGGUGGAGGGAUAAACACGUGGACCGACCUCCUCCAGAGGAGCCUUCCAUCGGUGACAUCUAUAACGGCAAAGUCACGAGCAUCAUGCAGUUCGGUUGUUUUGUCCAACUUGAAGGGCUCAGGAAGCGCUGGGAAGGGCUUGUCCACAUCUCAGAGCUGCGCCGUGAGGGGCGUGUGGCCAACGUGGCUGAUGUGGUCAGCAAAGGCCAGAGGGUGAAGGUCAAAGUGCUCUCGUUCACUGGCUCCAAAACCAGCCUCAGCAUGAAGGAUGUGGAUCAAGACACGGGGGAAGACUUGAACCCCAACAGACGCCGGAACCUGGUAGGAGAAGCCAAUGAGGAGACGGCCAUGAGGAACCCAGACCGGCCGACUCAUCUGUCCUUGGUCAGUGCCCCUGAGGUGGAAGACGAUGCACUGGAACGGAAGCGCCUCACCCGUAUUUCAGACCCAGAGAAGUGGGAAAUCAAGCAGAUGAUUGCUGCCAAUGUGCUCUCCAAGGAGGAGUUCCCUGACUUUGACGAGGAAACAGGGAUCCUGCCAAAGGUUGAUGACGAGGAAGAUGAGGACCUCGAAAUUGAACUUGUAGAGGAGGAGCCACCAUUCUUACGAGGGCACACGAAGCAGAGCAUGGACAUGAGCCCCAUCAAGAUUGUGAAGAACCCUGACGGCUCCCUUUCUCAAGCAGCCAUGAUGCAAAGUGCCCUUGCCAAGGAGAGGCGAGAACUGAAGCAAGCGCAGCGGGAAGCAGAGAUGGACUCCAUCCCUAUGGGACUCAACAAACACUGGGUGGACCCCCUCCCAGAUGUGGACGGGAGGCAAAUUGCUGCCAAUAUGCGGGGCAUCGGAAUGAUGCCAAACGACAUCCCGGAAUGGAAGAAACAUGCUUUUGGAGGGAACAAAGCCUCUUAUGGCAAAAAAACCCAGCUGUCAAUCAUUGAGCAGCGGGAAAGCCUCCCGAUUUUCCGGCUGAAGGAUCAGCUCAUCCAGGCAGUCCACGAUAACCAGAUACUGAUAGUCAUUGGAGAGACUGGCUCCGGGAAGACGACUCAGAUCACCCAGUACCUGGCGGAAGCUGGCUACACCUCCCGUGGGAAAAUUGGGUGCACCCAGCCACGUCGAGUGGCUGCCAUGUCUGUGGCCAAGAGGGUUUCCGAGGAGUUUGGUUGUUGCUUGGGACAGGAGGUCGGCUACACCAUCCGGUUUGAGGACUGCACAAGCCCUGAGACGGUGAUCAAGUACAUGACGGAUGGGAUGUUGCUGCGGGAGUGCCUCAUUGACCCAGACCUCACACAAUAUGCAAUCAUCAUGUUGGAUGAAGCCCACGAGCGUACCAUACACACUGAUGUGCUCUUUGGUCUCCUGAAAAAGACUGUUCAAAAGAGACAGGACAUGAAGCUGAUUGUGACAUCAGCCACUCUGGAUGCAGUGAAGUUCUCUCAGUAUUUCUACGAGGCACCCAUCUUCACCAUUCCAGGUAGGACGUACCCAGUAGAGAUUCUCUACACGAAGGAGCCAGAGACAGAUUACCUGGAUGCCAGCCUGAUCACAGUCAUGCAGAUUCACUUGACAGAGCCCCCAGGAGAUAUCCUGGUGUUUCUGACUGGCCAAGAGGAGAUUGACACAGCCUGUGAGAUUCUCUACGAGCGAAUGAAGUCGCUGGGCCCAGACGUGCCGGAGCUGAUUAUCCUCCCUGUCUACUCAGCGUUGCCCAGCGAGAUGCAGACGCGGAUUUUUGAUCCAGCCCCCCCAGGCAGCCGAAAGGUGGUUAUUGCCACAAACAUUGCUGAAACUUCACUAACUAUUGAUGGCAUCUACUAUGUUGUGGAUCCCGGUUUCGUGAAGCAGAAAGUGUACAACUCCAAGACAGGAAUUGACCAACUGGUUGUGACACCCAUUUCACAGGCCCAGGCCAAGCAGCGAGCUGGGAGAGCUGGAAGGACAGGGCCCGGGAAGUGCUACCGCCUGUACACGGAGCGUGCCUACCGGGAUGAGAUGCUGACCACCAACGUGCCCGAGAUCCAGAGGACCAACCUGGCGAGCACCGUGCUGUCGCUCAAGGCAAUGGGAAUAAACGACCUCCUGUCUUUCGAUUUCAUGGACGCCCCCCCAAUGGAGACUCUGAUCACCGCCAUGGAGCAGCUGUACACCCUCGGGGCCUUGGAUGACGAGGGACUCCUCACCCGCCUCGGGCGCAGGAUGGCAGAGUUCCCUCUGGAGCCCAUGCUGUGCAAGAUGCUCAUCAUGUCUGUGCACUUGGGGUGCAGUGAGGAGAUGCUCACCAUUGUCUCCAUGCUCUCUGUGCAGAAUGUCUUCUACCGGCCCAAGGACAAGCAAGCUCUUGCUGACCAAAAGAAAGCCAAGUUCCACCAGACUGAAGGGGACCACCUCACACUUCUGGCUGUCUAUAACUCCUGGAAGAACAACAAGUUCUCCAACCCCUGGUGCUAUGAGAACUUCAUCCAAGCCCGCUCACUGCGCCGGGCACAGGAUAUUCGUAAGCAAAUGCUGGGCAUCAUGGACAGGCACAAGUUGGACGUUGUAUCUUGCGGAAAAGCCACAGUGCGAGUCCAGAAGGCCAUCUGCAGUGGCUUCUUUCGGAAUGCAGCCAAGAAGGAUCCCCAGGAGGGCUAUCGGACCUUGAUUGACCAGCAGGUGGUCUAUAUCCACCCCUCAAGUGCCCUCUUCAACCGCCAGCCCGAAUGGGUGGUCUACCAUGAGCUGGUGCUCACCACAAAGGAGUACAUGCGGGAGGUCACCACCAUUGAUCCCCGCUGGCUGGUGGAGUUUGCGCCAGCUUUCUUCAAGGUUUCCGACCCCACAAAGCUGAGCAAGCAGAAGAAGCAGCAGCGCCUGGAGCCACUUUACAACCGCUAUGAGGAGCCCAAUGCCUGGAGGAUAUCACGGGCAUUCAGGCGCCGGUGAGCCCUUUUCCGGCAUGCCAAGAACUGUCAGAGAUCCUGAGGUCAAGCCCCUGAGGAGUAUCGAGCUAACCCAGCCGGCAAGCAGCAGUUUACAGUUCGAAUGACAGGAGGCGAAGAAAAGCAGCUUGCAGCCAGCAUCAUAUUUGCUGCCGUGGUUGAUUCUGAGACACUUCUGUUUGGAAAGAAGAUGUUCUGCACCUCUAUUUCCACCAUGUCUGAUGAGCAACAGGUGCUGUGUAAUUUUGGAUCUCCUUGGUUAGGAAAGGCCUAAUGGAAUUCCAGGUUUCUUGUUGCUCAUAGAAGUCAGUUCGGAGAAACACCUGCUUCCUGUUUUGUGAUUUUUGCCAGGAAUUCUGGCGUCUUCUUUCCCCACAUCUAGGCUGGUCUCCUGCUUUAGAACAACCUGGUAGCAGCGCUAUCAGAUGGCUGUGAUUUUGGAGACAUUGAGAAGGCUGCCCGUGUGGUAGAGGGUGGCAUGUGGUCUGUGUCCAUGUCUUUCAGAAAGGCUUUGGUAAUUACGCUUUACUAACUUUGAGAAAACUUUCCUCCACACUUGCCACAAAACUGUACUUACUCUUGUUUUUGAUCCAAAACCUUUUCAAGCAGGUUUUUACGAGAGAAAAUAAAGACAAAUCUACAAGCACUGUCGACAUGACAUGAUCCAUUUGCAUAUGUUGAAAAUCUUUGAUGCCGGUAGGUGGGAAUUCAACUGUGGUAUUAUUCCUCUAGUACCACAGUAGUAAAACUGGACUUUUGAUGAAGUCAGUAAGCAUUCCAUGUGUGUGAUUCCUGUAUAAAGUAGUAGCCAGGACAACACAGCUGCUGACCAAAGUUCACUCUCCUCUUGUCAGUUAUCCUGCAGUCUAGAAACUGGUUUCCAUCUCUUCUCUGCUUUGUCCUUUUGUCAGAAGUGCUGGGGAAAUAGUCACUUGACCACUCCUUCUGAAAACCACCUAACUCUGCCCUGCCCCUUCAGUAUCUCAGUCUAGAGGUAACAAAAAUCCUACCUACCUUCCAUGCUAACAUGGUUGGUGCAUAUAAGCAUUAUUUACACUUCAGUUCACUUCUCAUGAUCUUUCUGCAAAGAGUGGGUGGGAAGAAGAAUGUCUGACACCUUAGUAAGUACUGGAUUCCCCUAGGCAGGAAACCUCAAUUGCAAACAUUAAGUUUUGUGACUGAAAUACAUUAUGCUAAUAAGUGAAAAUGUGUUUGUUUUUUAAAUUAUUUUAUUAAGCAGACCAUUUUUUUUUUUGGAUGAAAUGAGGCAAAAUAUCUCGCGCUUCUAGUGUAGUUCCACCUAGCACAAAGAACAAGCUGCAUCAACUGAGUCAAAGGAGUCUUUCUUGUAAGUAUUAAUGGAUGUGCAGGUUGCUAUUGUAAGAACAUGAGUGGUCCAUCUAGUCCAGCAUACUGUUUCACACUGGCCAACGAACAGGGCCUAGAGGCCAAAGCCCUCCCCUACUGUUGCCUCCCAUCAUUGGUAUUCAUUGGUAUUUGCUGUCUUUGAACACAGAGGUUCUCUUUAGUCACCAUGGCAAGUAUAGAUGCCUAGUUGUGACAGGCAGCAGGAAUAUGCAUGCUUAGAGGCAGUGCAUAUGUGUGGCAGCUAAUGGAACUCAGAUGGGGGAACUGCAGCUAACUGGAAAAAAAGGGGGUCAGUUAGACAACUGGAGAAAGCAGUUGGAGAGAAGAGGAGAUCGGAUGAAGAAGGGAGAGGUUUCUUGAGGCGCUUUCUCAUGUAAGGAAAGCCUAAUAAAGCAAAGGCUACGUUAGAGCCAGUAUGGAGUGGCUUGGAAUAUAUGAGAGACUCUGGUGGGAGAUUGUUCCCAAAAGUAUCCACAGCCUCUGUGUGUGUAGAACAAAGGAUCACAUUUUGAGAAGCAAAAUAGUUCUCCUGUAUUAAGCUCACCGCCCAGUGAGAGAAGACUGGGUAGUAGAAGAGCAGGAUUUGGCAAAGCCCGUGCAGUAGCAUUGAAAGGCCCUCAAAUGCCAAAGUCCCUGGUUGUUUAUCUUAAAGAGGAGAUAAUAACAGUCUUGCCAGAGAAAAGGGGUCUAGAGGGAAGACCUUAGUCUUAACCAAAAGGACAACGCUGAGUACAAUCUCAAGACUGUAGGAUUAUCAGGUUUAAAGUUAUAAAGGAAAUCUGUGCCAAACAACCUCUAAGCAUUAGAACAUCAGCUAAAACUUCAGUGAAAGUCAAUAACUAUAAAACCAUCCAUCUCUUAUGAAGUCGGGAAUCUCAGAGGCACAUUCGGUGUUUAUUUUUAACUGUCUACCUACAUAUUCCUAAUCUUAUGUAACAAUCAAUCCCCUUUCCUGCCAGCCUGUUCAAAUAAACCAAAAGUUGUUUAAAUCUUU